UACUUCUGUGCAGCCCUCGUGACGAGAUAUGCUCAGUCGCCAUUGGCACGAGUAGAACGGUCCAAGAUAUUUGCGAUAUUCAAAAUAUUGUCUUUUACUUCAUCAUCGGACAGGACUUUGCAUACUUGUGUAAAAAAAAAACAGAAAUUUAAUCAUCGAGUGUCAAUUGAGAUAAGGUGUUAUCAAUUUGGUCAUCUCGGCUGCUACUUACCAUAAGCCAUUGUCUUCGCAACAAUGGCGUGGACGAACUACCAACGUAUAUUAGCUGUACUUCAAGUGAUUACAGGCUCGUUUAAUACUCUAUCGGUCAAAUUCGCGGACCAACAAGAGGUGGUUGGUGAGGAUGGACAAAUUAGACAUUUCAAUCACCCAUUCAUGCAAUCAACUUUCAUGUUCUUCGGAGAGUUUCUUUGUUUUGUAGCGUUCAAAAUUUUCUAUCGUUAUUACAAUCGACGAGGCGAUGGUUCUGUAGAUAGUAAUGUACUCACCAAGGGGUCCAGAAUUUUCAAUCCUUUUAUCUUAUUGAUACCUGCCCUAUGCGAUAUGUUUGCAACAUCUAUAAUGUACAUUGGCCUGAACAUGACUUAUGCAAGCAGCUUCCAAAUGUUACGUGGAGCAGUGAUUGUUUUUACAGGAAUAUUCUCUGUUGCAUUUCUUCACAGGAAAUUGGUAGCUCGAGAAUGGAUAGGCAUCUUUUUUGUUAUAGUUGGUUUAGCAUGUGUUGGCGUUAGCGAUAUAUUGGCGGAAAGCACCAAUAUGAAUACCAACUCGGUGCUCACUGGAGACUUGCUUAUUAUAUUUGCUCAGGUAAUAACGGCUGUUCAAAUGGUUGUGGAAGAAAAAUAUGUGGGAGAACAGGACAUACCUGCGUUACAAGCUAUCGGAUGGGAGGGUAUUUUUGGAUUUAUCGGCAUGUCUCUCGCCAUGAUCCCUCUCAAUUAUAUUAAAGUAUUGCCACCAUUCGCAGACAAUUCACGCGGCACACUCGAGGCCAGCGUGGAUGCUUUUAUACAAAUUGGAAAUAGCGGCAAAUUAUUGGCAGCUAUUAUCGGCAUAAUAUUCAGUAUUGCCUUUUUCAAUUAUGCCGGUAUUAGCGUUACCAAGGAAAUGAGUGCUACAACAAGAAUGAUAUUAGACAGUGUUCGCACGAUUAUAAUCUGGGCCUUUUCUUUAGCAGUUGGAUGGCAGGUUUUCUAUUAUGUGCAGCUCAUCGGUUUCACGAUUCUUUUAAUCGGUAUGGCGUGCUACAACAACAUCGUCAUUCCACAAUUGUUCAGGAAACUUCGUAGCCGUCUAGGACGUCAUAAAUUAUCCGUAAACAAAGAUGGUAUUGUUAAUACCGCCGCGGACGAUGUGCAAGAGACAUUGUGAGAGAGUCUAUGAGAAAUCGUUGGAUAUCGUAUGUGAUUCUUUAAGGUAGUUAGUCCGUAAAAGUACUAUUAGAAAGUAGUAAUGGUUGAUACAAUAGAGAAGAAAUUCGACAAAUUUGUGCUAAAUGAUUAUAAACAUGAUAUAUAGCAUAAAUGUUAAAAAGAUCAUCGUUGAGAUGUUCAAUAUCUCUGAAACGUCUCUGGGAUGUGUCCCUUGGAACAUUUAUGCUGUAUAGGUAGCAAGAGAAUAUCAAUCAAAUUCAUACAAUGUUUAAAAGAUUCAAAAUAAUCAUCGUUUUCCGUACUAUGACGCAUAUUUUUGGUUGGGACUGCCCGUGUUAUAUGGCUGUGAAUAUAUUAUAUAUAUAUAUAUAUAUAUAUAUAUAUAUAUAUAUAUAGGUGUGUGUACCGAUAGACGCACAUGAAUGUACGUUACUAAAGAAAUGAUCAUCGGAUUUUUCCGUAUUUUUCGGUAUUUCUUACAUUUUUAAGUAUUGAUCAUAGAUCUUUAUAGAAGGUUAUAUUUGACCAUUCUGCCUUUAAAAGGAUAUCUAAUUCAGAAGUGAGAUAUAACUCGUACAAUUUUUGUCUAAUCUUUACGAUUAAUCUUUCUCCUCAUUAGACCAUCGGCUGUGUUCCGACAUAGGCCUUAGCUGUCGUAUACUUCAACCGUUAUCAGAAAUUGCGUGCAUUUUACAUAUCCAUUUCUGGAAAAUUAAAUGGUUUUGUAAUUUUUUUCUUUAUUAUCUAUACAAGUCUCUUUUAUGGUCUCCUGGUUUUCCAUUACAACUGUAAGAAUAGUUUGUUUGCUAGAAUUAAAAACGUUGUAUCAGAAACCGUAGAUUUCUGCGAUACAUGUAAAUAAUGCUAACUUUGAUUUCAAUUAUCUCAGCUUCGAUAUGGUCAGUCUUCUUCUAAUCUUACAUAUAUGUACAUUGUGUUUUUAUUAAUAUGUUGUUAAAAUUUGAGGAGAUUUCAAAGAAAAUCAAUUUACGGACCAACUACAUUAAGGAUUCGUUUCUAUAAAAACCGCGAUUUCUCACAAACAAUUGUAAGAAUCCCUUUUGCUCUUUUCCUCCCUUCGAUUUUUGUCGAAAGAAGUAAUUAUCUAUAUAGAAUAUAAAAAAUUAUCUCUUUCAUAUAUUGUUACAAAUCGACGAAAGAACAAACUGUACAAAAUAUGUUACGACAUGGGUAACUUGGGAAGUCAUAUUUCAUGAAUUCUGCGAGUUGUAACGUCAUCGAAUACAUUCCGAUGAUGAAAUCUCCCAUUAAAUCGGAUACUCGAUACGUCCAACUUUAUACAAAAGUCAGACGCGAUUAUUUUUGUGAAAUCUGUCAUCAUCUCGUUUAAUAUAUUGUUUCAUUUAACAUAUAUAGCCGGAUGUAUAAAAUAUAAAUAUACGUGUAUCUCUUAUAUGCAUUUUAUAGUAUUUUUAUAUAUUUAUGCAUUCUAAGUAACAAAGAAGAAUAAAAUAAAACAAAAAUA